AUGACGGUCCGUGUUUUGUGUCUCCAUGGAAUGGGCACCGAUGCCUCCAUCCUGCGUGCCCAGUUAUCCCCAUCUCUGUCCCUCCUCCCUCCGUCUUACAGCUUUACCUUCCCUGACGCCCCGAUCCUCUGUGAUCCCUCCCCAGGCGUAGAGGAUUUCUAUAACGGCCCCUAUCGCUGCUGGUUCAAUACGCCCACCACGGAGAAGGUCGCCCAAGCAAACGCAUAUUUGAAAGAGUUUCUAACCCAGAGCGGGCCAUUCGACAUCGUUAUCGGAUUCAGCCAAGGGGCAGCACUGGCGGCAAGCCUCCUUUUGCACCAGAGGAUAGAAGACCCGAAGGCAGAACCCUGGUUCAAAGCUGCGAUAUUCAUUUGUUCGCCAUUGCCGUUUUUGUGCUACACGGAGUACGGGGUGGACGUCCGCAAGUACUUUGGUGUCCUCGGCCCACCUCUCCCCUCGAAGAGGCCUACCACGGUGCCCGACUAUCUGGUUGCGGAUGCGUAUUUCCGACGGAAUGACAAGGAUCUAGGCGGGGGUGACGGAGGCAGCGGAGGCAGCGGAGGCCAGUUCUACAAUAUGUUCCAUCCCAGUGUGGACCAAGUGCGGAUUAGUAUUCCCACAGUCCACAUCUACGGCCGAAGGGAUGACUGGCGGAGGCAUAGUAUGGAUUUGGUUGGAUUGUGCGAUCCACGACAUGUGCUUCAGUUCGAGCAUGAUGGUGGCCAUGAAGUGCCCCGGAGUGCUAGUGACGAGAUCUGCGAUCUGUACGAGGAGGUUGUUGCAAGGGCUGGGCUCUUCUAA